CUCCUCUUAUUUUCAGAAAUCAACUAGUAAGAAACAUUGAACCAAAACUAAUAAUACACAUAUUAGUGUGUUAAACAAAUUAAGGGUAAAGAUAUUUUAUUUACUAAAUGCACCAGAAUUUGUUUUUCUGCAUGAUGGUAUAUAACAUAGAAUAAUAUGAGUAAUGAUGCAGUAAAUAUUUACAGAUCUAAAUCUGGUAGAUUUUAUCUCUCCCUGAUUUAGACCUCCCCACCAGGCACUGCUAUUAAUUCCCAGUCCAAAGUCCAACACCUAAAUUUACCCCCAAUGCAGAUAUGAAGGAUAAAUUUGUCUUGUCCCCUUUAUGCAUUCUGUUAAUGUAGUGAAAUAUAUGGCUGUAUUUAGAUGAAAACAUGUCUGGUGGAUAUGUAAAUGUAAAAUACUGAAGUAUAUUUUUAGAAGUGAUUGGACCUGCAAAAUAAGGGGGUUGGGUGUUGGGUUACCUUAUUGAUCCUGAAUAAAUUAACUGAGGUCUUAAUUUGCUUAUCUCUCAGUAUGUGUUCAUCUGAAUUGCAUUUUUUUCCAUGAUGUACUUAUACAUUCCCAAAUUUGGGAGAUAGAUGUUUUCUGAUUAUCCACCUUAAAGUGUAUAGGUGCAUUCUGAAGUUAUCAUCACUUAGUAGAUCAAAGUUAUGAAUUGUCUUAGGUAAUAAAGAUUAUAAAGAUUACAGGUGUGUGUCCUUGAACUCCUGUAUAAAAAAAAAAAAAAAAAAAAAAGAUAACGGUGACCAAGUGUUUAGAUAAACUUUAAGAUUUUUGGUUACUCCUCAUAGUGGGAGAAGAGAAGGACAUUGGAAUUAUUGAUAGACCUGUGUUACCUACUCCACUUCAAUCGAGCUAGGUCUCCCUGUGUUUCACAGGAGAGAAUUCUAAAAUUCAAGACGCCGUUCGCACUCAAAGUCCAGAUUGUGUAUAAAGAGGGACAAUUUAUGACGUAGCAUCAUGGCCUUCUUCGGAAGAGAUAAUCAUGAAGAUCUGAAUUAUAUUGAGGACCAGCCCACGAAUUCCAGACAAGCGACCUCCACAUCGUUCCUGCUGGAUGUGUCCCCUGACUUGGCCGCCGGGCAUUCCCACUCUUCCCCGGGUGUUUUGACACACACUCCCACCAGUGUUCUGACACCCUCUCCCACAGAAAUGCCCCGCCCUGACCAGGCCCUUGACCACAUUGUUGACCUGUUUGAUGAUGUGCAGAAGAUAUUCGAGCGGUAUCCCCCCUUUGAUGUCAAUGCUUUGUCAGCAGGUUCGGAGUUGUUGGCGUCGGAGCAUGUGACAUCACGAGAGGGAGAUCGUGUGAUUCCGGCAAAGGAUACUGCGGUUUUCACAGAGGAUGACUUUAGCAGCCAUCGUAGCAAUUCAUUCCCUCACAUACAUCACCCACUGCGACCUCUCCGAAGCAAAUCACACAAAAAUGUCCAGCAUGGGGACCACCAUAAAAAGAAGAAGAAGAAGAAGAAGAAGCGCCGCAUGCAUGUUACCAAAAGCUUCCCCUCUAAAUCUGCCCUGCAGUCACCACCCAUACCAGAGGAUGAUGAAGAGUAUUAUUCCUCAUCUGAUUCUGAAAGUGAUUCAUCAACCAGUCGUCGUAAUAGUCUAGACAUGAUGGAUGGUCCUUUAGUCAUUACUGAACCAGAUGACCUUGACCCAUCCUCGGGGAUUGACCUUGAGAGGGCUCUCGGGGAUAUACCCCCUGAGCCCUCUACUACUUCUACUAAUAGUUCACAAUUAGAAGUACGUAGAAGUACAACACCUGAAAGGAGGUCGUUUGGCAGAAAGGUCGCUGAUUUCUUCAUCGGAGAGAACGAGUCCUCACCACCAAGAGAGGUCUCAUCAACCCCCUCAGUGGAGAAUGCACCAUUCGACUUCACGGCUGAUAAGAUGCUGGCGCAGACAUCAUCUAGCAUGGAGGAGCAGUUCCAACUGUCUGAUAUUGGCAACACAGAACAGGAACCACUUCUAUCUCAACAGGCCCAGUACAAAGUGGGAAGUUCAAGGUCACUACUCGAUGAUGGCAGAAGUCGUGUCCAUUUUUCAGUUGGUGGAGAUGACAGCUCGGUGAAUUUAAUGAAUAUUAGUAAGGACGAAUCUGCCCCCUCUAUUCCAUCACUGAACAAGCACAGCAAGGCAUCAUUAGGUUCAGAAGGAAGUGGAAAGUCGGGAAAAUCACAUAGGCAUAAGCGUCAUCAUCACCAUGACCACUACAAGACGGAGGAUCUAUUGCUACGGAGACAAAAGGGAAGUGAGGUCCAUUUGGACGUCAUGAAGAGUGAGCCAACAGAGGUGGACGAAGCCAAAAUGUUACACAAAGUUGAUUUGGACGAGAUGGCCAGUCAUAGAUUGGAUAAUCUCCAUGGAAUGCGACGGCAUCGAGUAACCAAGAACCAUAGUGCCAUGUCAUCCAUUGUCCACAUCGGCAAACACAAAAAAACCAAACACAAAAUUUUCCAACCAAGAAAGAAAUUUGACCACAGGCCACAUGAGAUGUUUGUGGAAUUGGAUGAGCUGUAUGAGGGAGAAGGAGAGAACUAUGAGUGGAGAGAGAAGGCCAGAUGGAUCAAGUUUGAGGAAGAUGUGGAGGAGGGUGCUGAGAGGUGGGGCAAGCCUCAUGUGGCCUCGCUGUCUUUCCACAGCCUGCUGGAGCUGAGGCGGGGCCUGGAGAAUGGAACUUUGAUCUUAGACUUGGAGGCUGAAGACUUGCCGUCCAUUGUUAAUUACGUUGUGAAUGAUAUGGUGAUCCAUGACCACAUCAAAAGUGAACACAAAGGCAAAGUUCUCAAGACCCUGCUGAUGAAGCACAAACAUGUUGGAGACAAAAUGAAAACUUUUAUUCGUCGCAACAUUUCCUACAUGAAUCUGAGUGGACUUGACGGCAGCACUAAGAGCAGACAUCAGAAGGAAAAGUCAUCUAUAAGGCGGUCCAUAACAUCAACCAGUUUCCGUUCCUCUACAUCGUUGGAGAAAAUGGUGGACACUCCUUCAGAGACGGCGCUAAAGAAGGAAAAGGAAGCUUCGCAAAAAGCGAAGAACAAUGAAGUGAAAAACCUUGAAUUUGUUAAAGUCGAUGUGGACAAUAACAUGCAUGCUGAUGGGGUUCAUAUCGGGAUUACUACUAAUGAGAGUCGUCAGAAGAACAUCCAGGACAUCAUGAGGAGAAUCCCCAAGGAUGCCGAGGCCCUGACGGUACUAGUGGGCUGUGUGGACUAUCUUUCCAAGCCUGCUAUGGCUUUCGUUCGUCUGGCAGAGGGACAGGUGCUAGAUAAUUUGACAGAAGUGCCACUUCCUGUGCGUUUCUUGUUCAUACUUUUAGGCCCAGAGAAUGCCAUGGACUAUCAUGAAGUUGGUCGAUCCAUUUCCACCUUAAUGGCUAAUCAGCACUUUCAUGACAUUGCCUACAAAGCCAUUAGUAGGGAUGAGUUGCUUCAUGCCAUCAAUGAAUUUCUGGAUGAAUCUAUCGUACUGCCCCCUGGUGACUGGGACCAGAAGACUCUACUCCCUAUCAUGGACAUGGCAAGGAAAAAGGCCCGAACCAUGAGAAGAAAGAAACAUAAAGAGGAAGAGAAAAUGGCUCUUUUGAAGAAAGAGGUGGAGGACAAAAUUCCUCUGGACCCAAUCAAAAGGACCGGUCGCCUGUUUGGGGGACUGGUCAAUGACAUCAAGAGACGAUAUCCUCACUACUGGAGUGAUUUUAAAGACGCACUCCAUUUCCAAUGUGUUGCAUCCUUCAUAUUUAUUUUCUUUGCUUGUUUAUCACCAACAAUAGCCUUUGGAGGUUUGUUAGGUGAGAAGACCAAUAAGUACAUGGGAGUGACAGAGACCAUCAUUAGUACAUCUCUCAGUGGCCUCAUAUAUGGCUUGUUCUCAGCUCAACCAUUGAUGAUCCUUGGAGCCACAGGCCCAGUGCUGGUUUUUGAGGAAUCAUUAUAUCAAUUUUGUGAUAGUUAUGAAAUUGAGUUUCUACCCAUGCGGUUUUGGAUAGGAUUCUGGGUAAUGCUAAUUACCUUUAUUGUGAUUGGACUAGAAGGCAGCUUUCUUGUUAAGCACAUAACCCGCUUUACUGAAGAAAUCUUCACCAUAGUCAUCUCGCUCAUCUUCAUCUAUGAGGUUGUCAAAAAGAUAAAGGCGACUUUCAUUGAUCAUCCCUUACUGGAAUCCUACACAGACUGUAAUGCCAGUACUUUCAAUGUCUCAUCCAACAUAUCAAUCAACGACACAUCACCAUACCUGAUAGUGUCCCCCACAGAGAACCUCUACACCUCGGAACAGGAGCCACACCCUUACCACAACACCACACCCAAACCAAACACCUCCCUACUCUCACUCGUCUUGAUGUUGGGGACUUUUUUCAUUGCUUACUUUUUGAGAAUUUUUAGGAAUAGUAAAUUUUUAGGCAGAAGUGCAAGAAGAGCUCUGGGAGAUUUUGGAGUGGUCAUUGCCUUGUUUCUUAUGGUGCUUCUUGAUGCCAUAACACCUACAGUUUAUACUCAGAAAUUAUUGAUCUCUGAUGACUUUACACCAACUGACAGCUCAAAGAGAGGCUGGUAUGUUCCACCAAUGGGAAUUAAAAAACGAAUGAAAACAGAUAUGAUCAUUGGAGCAUCACUACCAGCUUUUCUUCUCUUUAUUCUUCUAUUCUUAGAAACUCAAAUCACAGAAAUGACUUUGAAUAAAAAGGAAUUCAAAAUGAAGAAGGGCUCAGGGUAUCAUUUAGACCAGGUGUUGCUAGGGAUCAUCACAUUUAUCGGGGGACUGUUUGGGUUGCCAUGGAUGUGUGCUGCUACAGUGCGAACUUUGUGUCAUGUUUCAUCUCUCAGUGUAUAUAGCCGAUAUCAUGCGCCUGGUGAAAAACCAAAACUUGUUAAAGUUCGGGAGCAACGGGUCACAAAUAUUGCUGUCAAUUUGUUGUUAGGUUUAUCGUUGUUAUGGGGUCCUUUGUUGCGACUUGUACCUAUGGCUGUCCUGUUUGGUAUAUUUUUAUAUGUGGGUGUGUCCGCCUUAAGUGGCCUUCAGUUAUAUCGCAGAAUCAAGUUGUUAUUUAUUCCCAACAAGCAUCAUCCUUCCACUGGAUAUGUCAGAAGGGUCCGAACCAUCAAAAUGCAUCUCUUCACCAUUAUUCAGGUUCUGCUUCUGGCGUUGAUGUUUGGUCUCAAACUUUCCCCGGCUGCUAUUGCCUUCCCACUCUUUGUUAUUCUACUUAUUCCUGUCCGACUCAAAGCCAUGGGAUAUUUCUUUUCUGAACAAGAACUUAAUGAGCUUGACAAAGAGGAUGAAGACAGCGAUUUUGAAGAUGAGGAUGACAGAGACUUUUACCAGCUGGCUCACAUGCCGAUUUAAACUCACAACUUUUAAACUCGAUAGUUGCAAAUGUUCAGCAUGGACAGCCAUUACCGUUGACCUUUGUGUGCUUAUUGAAACUUUUUCAUACUACUUCCUGUCCAAAUUUGGUGCAAAUAUUGUGAUAAUGAAAUACUGUAUUUUCAAUCAUGUUGAAAUGUGUGUGGGGUUGAACAAUUGAAGGGUACAGUAGGUCGACUAUAGAUGCCAUAUGUGUGAAUUUCAAACCUGCCAAAUUUUUUAUUUUUAAGCUCUGUAUGUUUGUGAAAUCCAUUAAUUUAUAGCUCAAGUAUGUCAUAUGUUUUAACACAAAGAUUUAUUUUUUGAAACGUUUCUUUAUACUAUUUAAAAUAAGAUAUGAAUUUUUUUCUUGUCUCCAAAAACAUGUUCAAAGUUAUCAUAGUCCCAUAGAGGAAAAUUGGGGGUUUGACCCCUGGAAAACAUGAUUAUAUAUGAGGAUUUGGGGUUACAUGCAAAAAGUACUGAUGAAGAGAUGGUUGCUAUUCUAGAUAGAAUUGAAUAAAGAGAGAAAGACAUAACGCUAGAUGGUAUGCUUUUACAUGAGUCAGUUCAUUUUGUGUAAUGUGUAUGUUGCAUUUCUUGUUAUGUUUGUAAAUUGUAAUGCAGGUUUUUGUGCUGAUGUUCGAAGAGAAAUUCACUGGUACCUUGAAAUAGCCAUGGUAAUGUAGGAUCUGAACAAAGUCACAAAUGGUCUCAAUGCAUAUAUCCAGAACAAAAUCAGGACUAAAUACAAAUUUAUAAUCCCCGUCCAACAUAGUUGGAGGAGAUAUAAUGUAUGAUAGAGUUUCAGUGUGUUUAACACCAACAUGUAAGUUAUUGAAUAUAUCCAGUUGUAAUGGGAUGCUUCUCUUGAUGAUGCUAUUUUUUCAUUUGUUUUUCAGUUCAUUGAAGAAAAUAGUUUUAGUGUGUUAAUAAUGUGAUGUUAGGUUAACAACAAUAGUAGAACAGCAUUUUGUAGUAGCUUGGUGCAUGGUAAAUGAUAUAUAUGGGUGCUAUUAGCAGUCGUAAGCAAUAAAAAUGCAAGUAUUAAUGGUUUAAUCAAUAAUGUAUAUCUAAAUGCAUCAAAUUGUUGCUACGUUAUUAAAUGCACUUUCAUUGGUUUAAAAAUCUUUCUAUGGUAGUAUUUUAUAGUUGUCAGUUACAUCAAUUUUGUCAUAUAUGACGAGGAUUAGAAUUGAAAUGUAUAGAUUGUAGUAACGUAAUUUUAUCAGAGUUUUAUAUUUUUAAUCUUUUCCAUAAUGAAUGGGUGAUCCCAAACAAUGAUUUAAAAGACUAACUGAUGGGGGAUAAGAACCCAGAAUGCUCUCUUUCUUCUGUCAAAUUGACAUGCUCAAAGAAUCCCUGUGCUGUCUAGUCUUUUAUUUGUAAUAGCUAAGUUUUAUCAGUGGACCUGCAAUCUCUAGUCACUAAUAGAAAAAUGGCAUUUACUGAGUUACAGUUACAAGAAACUUAGUAAGGCAGACAGCUAGUAGGAAAUGGUAGUUAAAGUUUCUGAUUUUCUUUUUUUAUCUUUCUGGCUGAUUGAAGUUGGGUUUUUAAUCAGAAAUUACAAUAGAAAUAUGCAUUUACUAUUGUUUGUUUUGCAGUUUAAAUUUUUUGUAUGAUUUUUUUGAUAUUCAUGCAGAAAAUUUACAUUGUUUUGUUCAUCUGUGUGUUAUGUGUACACUCCAACACAAAUGUGUUCAUACUGAAGACAGCAAAAAUACAGAAAGCAUUUAUUGAUCAGAGUAGAAAAUAUGUCGAUCCUCCUUCAUCAGGGUAUUUGAAAACUGAACUUUGUGUGGCUGUGGAAGAUUGAAAUGAUGUUCAUGCAUUUAGUAUUUGUGUUAUUGAAAUAUUUGUAUAUUUCCUUUUCUAGAUGUUACCUUUUCCUCUGCCUGCAAAGUUUAUUAUUUUUGUGAAUUUGAAAUAUUAAUGUAGGUGGUGUACAUACGAGGAUUUUUUUUCUCUUUUCUUUUUUGUGUUUUGUUUUGUGGGGUGAAUCCAUCAGAAAGUGAAUGAUAGGUAUUCUUAUGUUAAGGUGUAUAGAAGUCUUGCUCAAUACGAAACAGUCCACAUUUCUUUUUUUAUAACUCCCCUCUUUUCUCUAACAAAGAGCAUUCCCUUAAUAUUUGUUUGUUUCAUAACAUUGCUGUAAAUAUAGUUUAUUGUGAACAAUUUUGUAAUAUAUAUCUAAAUAUUUAUUAUUAUAUAUAUAAACAGACAGCUACCGUGUAUGCACUAGUGUUGCAGAAAAAUUGUUAUCUGUGUCUUUUUUGUUACGUAAUUUUAUCUCAUUUUCAAUGAGAAUUUAGAGAGUAGGUUAGUAUGACUGGCAUUUACAUGUUUUCUUUUUCACGCUUAAUUAAUAUAUUCAGUCAGAUAGACAGUUUGAUAGUCAUUUGUUGUUUACUGUUUUGUUAUGACUCGAGCAGUUUUUGAGAACAGCCAUUGAUUCUGUGUAACCACAUGUAUAUAUACAUUAUAUUUGAAUAUCUGUAUUGAUGGAUACUUGCGCUACACAUUUUUGCCAUAUGAGACAAUUGCGAAUGAAAUCAUGAUUUUUUUAAAAGAUUGUUAAUUUCAGGAUUUGUACCUUGAAAUUUCAUAGGAAGUCUGUGAUUAAAGGUUGUUUUGUUUUUAAA